AUGGAAAGCACCUUUCUUCUCAUUUUUGCAUCAUUCAUGCUCAUUCAAACAUAUGGCGUAAGCCGCAGCAGCAGCAACAUCAUGAUCACGGCUUCAUCAAAUGUUACAUGUAUCCAAGGGGAGCGACAAUCACUGCUUGUAUUCAGACGAGGCCUUGCAGACGAAUCAAAUCGUCUAUCAACAUGGACUGGAUUAGAAUGUUGCGAGUGGCAGGGAGUUGGGUGUGAUAGGAGAAAUGGUCAUGUUGUCAAACUUGAUCUUCGAUCUCCAUCAUCUUUCAUGGACUACUAUAUAUCAUCAAACACAAGUACCUCGCUCAAAGGUAAGGACAAAAUAUUCCUGAAUUCUUCGGGUCUGAACCUCUCUAACUCAGGUUUCAGUGGUGUAGUCCCUCCUAAUCUAGGAAAUCUCUCAAGGUUACAAUAUCUUGAUCUUAAUGUCCAACAUAGGUACGACAUGGUACCUCUCCCUUAUGACGUUUCAUUGAUGGUAAAGAAUGAUCUGCGGUGGGUGUCCUUGUUGUCGUCGUUAAAGCACUUGGAUCUCUCAGGAAUAAAAAUCGGUAACCAUAUUGAUUGGUUCCAUCCGGUUAACAUGCUACCUUCAUUGCUUACACUGAACUUGGCCUCGUGUGAUAUACAUAUCUCCUCCAUAAAGUUCAUCAAUUUGACGUCUCUUAAUUCACUUGAUCUCUCUUCCAAUGGUAUCAACUCCACUAUUCCUGUUUCGUUAUCAAACCUUACUAGCCUUAUGCAUCUAUACCUUGAUUAUAACAACUUCCAUGGUCCAAUACCUGAUUCUAUUGCAACCUUGAGCUCUCUUUCUUACAUCAGACUUUCAUCAAACCAUUUGUCUGGUCCAAUACCUCCCUCACUUGGUAACCUAACCUCUCUAAGAGUACUCUCUCUAUAUGGUAAUCAAUUGAGUGGGGGCAUACCUGAAAGCAUUGGUCAAUUAUCAAUGCUUGAAACCCUUGAUCUUUUUUUUAAUCAUUUGAGUGGGAGCAUACCUGAAAGCAUUGGUCAAUUAUCAAUGCUUGAAAGCCUUUAUCUUUCUGGUAAUCGAUUGAGUGGGAGCAUACCUGAAAGCAUCGGUCAAUCAUCAAUGCUUGAAAACCUUUAUCUUUAUGAAAAUCGAUUGAGUGGAAGCAUACCUGAAAGCAUCGGUCAAUUAUCAAUGCUUGAAAGCCUUGAUCUUUCUGAUAAUCGAUUGAGUGGGAGCAUUCCAACUAGUAUUGGCCAGCUUUCAAACCUCAUUAAACUAGAUGUCGCUAAUAACUCAUUGGUUGGGGUUGUUUCGGAACAUCACUUCACCAAACUUCACAAUCUAACCAGAUUGUGGUUGUAUGAUAAUUCAUUAACGCUGAAUGUAAGCACUCAUUGGAUUCCUCCCUUCCAACUGGAGAGUUUUUCUGCACGCUCCUGCAACGUCGGACCUCAAUUACCAAAUUGGCUUCAGACGCAAACAAAUCUUGAAUAUUUAGGUCUUUCAAAUUCGGGUAUUGGAGAUACAAUACCAGAGUGGUUUGAGAACAUCACCUCUCAUCUCCAAGCACUGGAUUUGUCCCACAACCAGAUUGAUGGAAACCUAUCACGACUAAUUACAAGCCCAGGUCUCAUUUAUUUAGUUCUUGGGAAUAAUUCUUUCACCGGAAGCAUUCCAACGCACUUAUGCGAGUCGCUUCAAAUACAAUUACUUGAUUUAUCCGAUAAUAACUUCUCUGGAUUUCUUCCCAAAUGCUUUGGAAACUUGAUUGAGUUGCAGGUGAUGGAUCUUACAAAUAACAAUAUAACGGGUAAUGUUCCAAAGUCAUUAGGUUUCCUAUCAUACCUCAAGUCAUUACACUUGCACAACAACAAGUUUGAGGGCAAUCUCCCGACGACUUUGCAAAACUUGACAAACUUAGUCACCUUUGACUUAGGAAACAAUUUGUUCACGGGUAAUAUCCUUUCUUGGAUCGGGAAAAAAUUAUCCAGGCUUAAAAUUUUGAAUCUCCAAUCAAAUAAUUUCACGGGUGAGAUCCUACUUGAAAUCUGUCAAAACAACGCUCUACAAAAUUUAAACUUAGCAAACAAUAACAUAACAGGAAUGAUCCCUCGUUGCUUUUAUAACUUAACCGGUAUGAUCGUGACUAGUGUUGACUUUCAAUACAACCGCCCUGAAUAUGAAGAAAAUAUUGAGACUUGCAUAAAGGGUAUUCAAUUGAAGUACACAAAAACACUUAAAUUUCUUGUAUCCUUAGACCUCUCAAGCAACAAAUUCAUUGGUGGAGUUCCUGAUGUUUUGAUGAACCUUAGAGCGUUGAACAAUUUGAAUCUUUCUAGAAACUUGUUAAGUGGACAGAUUCCGUCAAAGAUUGGAGAUCUAAAGCAUAUGGAAUCUUUAGAUAUUUCGAUGAACUUGUUGUCUGGUCCCAUUCCUCCAAGUUUGGGUACCUUGAACUUUCUAAGCUACUUGAACUUAUCCUUCAAUAACUUAUCUGGUCAAAUACCAUUUGGAAAUCAGCUUCAAGCUUUAGGUGAUCCAUCAGCUAUAUAUGAAGGGAACAAUGAGUUAUGUGGGCCCACACUUUUUAAGAGUUGCAAUAGAAAGAACUUAUCAGACUCGUAUAUUAAUAAGGACAUAGGUAAAGAUUUUAUACAAGAUUUGGGGUUGUUAACUACCACAGUUUCUGGGUUUGUUGUCGGAUUUAUGGGACUAAUCGGUAGCUUAUACUUGAUAAAAGAAUGGAGGACAACUUACUUUGAUAUUAUAGAGAAUGUUUACAUAUGGCUCGUAUUAUCAAUUCUACUCACUCUUGCACAAAUACGGAGAAAGUUGUUCUACUGA